AUGAGUUGGCAACCAGUACAGGCCGAUGGUCUUGAACAAAUUUUAACAUUAUUACGUCAAUCUCAAUCACCUGACACACAAAUUCAACGACAAGUUCAAGCACGUUUAGAAUCACUUAAUCAAUAUCCAGAUUUUAAUAAAUAUCUUGUUUAUAUUUUAACUAAAUUAACUGAUGAACAAGAAGCAACACGUUCAUUAUCAGGUUUAAUUUUAAAAAAUAAUGCUAAAUCACAUUAUGAAAAAUUUCCUGAUGAAGUUCGAUCAUAUAUUAAACAAGAAUGUUUAUCAGCAUUAGGUGAUCGUUCACCAUUAAUACGUGCAACUGUUGGAAUAUUAAUAACAACAAUUGUUACUAAAGGUUCAUUAGAACAAUGGCCUGUUCUAUUGGAACAUCUUUAUACAUGUUUGGAUUCACCAAAUAUUAAUUUAUGUGAAGGAGCAUUUGGUGCUUUACAAAAAAUUUGUGAAGAUAGUGCUGAUCAACUUGAAAAUGCACCAUCACAACCUUUAAAUGUACUAAUACCAAAAUUUAUACAAUUUUUUCUUCAUUCUCAACCGAAAAUUCGAUCACAUGCUAUUGCUUGCGUUAAUGAAUUUAUAACACCACGUGCAACAGCAUUAAUGUCCAAUAUAGAUCGAUUUCUUGAGAAUUUAUUUCAAUUAGCAAAUGAUACAGAUUCUGAUGUAAGAAAACAUGUUUGUCGUGCAUUAGUUAUGCUUGUUGAAGUUCGUAUUGAACGUUUAAUUCCACAUAUGCAACAAAUAAUUGAAUAUAUGUUAUUAACAUCUCAAGAUAGUGAUGAUGCUGUUGCAUUAGAAGCAUGUGAAUUUUGGUUAAUGAUUGCUGAUCAACCAAUAUGUCGUGAUGUUUUACAACCAUAUUUAGAUAAAUUAUUACCAGUUCUUUGUAAAAAUAUGAAAUAUUCAGAAAUUGAUAUUAUUAUAUUACAAGGUGAUAUUGAUGAAGAUGAACAUAUACCGGAUCGAAUUGAAGAUAUUCGUCCAAGACAUCAUCGAACACGUACAAGACAAUAUGCACAAAAUUUAUUAGAUAAUAAUAAUUCUACUGAUCAAUUGAAUAAUGCAACGGAUACAAAUAAUAAUUCAACAACAGCUACACCACCUAAUAGUCAAUCAGAUCAACAUCUACCGGAUGACGACGAUGACCUAGAUGAUGAUGAUGAUGAUGAUGAUGGAUCAGGUAUUUCAUUUGCAUUAUUAUAUGAAUUACAUUUAUUAUAA